AUUCCCGAUGGGCGUGGUUACCAAGUGUCAUGGCGGCCACCGGGAGAUUGCUGUAGUGUGCCAGAGAGACAGACCGCGGAUUGUUCUGUAUUAAACUGAACUGUGUUUAUUAUAAUAUUGCGGACAUUUGAAUGUAAAAAGUCUUUUAAACAUGGGGACCGUGCAUGCCAGGAGUCUGGACCCCCUUCCUAUGCAAGGACCUGAGCUGGGGGUUCAAGCAGAUGACCUGGACCUGGGAGAACCAGAGCAUGAAGAGAAACAGGAGGUUCUUGAAAAUAAAGACGUUGUAGUACAACAUGUGCACAUCGAUGGUCUUGGAAGAACAAAGGAAGACAUUUUAACAUACGAGAUUGCAGAAGUUUUCCGUGCCAAAAACUUAAUUGAUGUAAUGAAGAAGUCACAUGAGGCCAGACAGAGACUUUUGCGUCUGGGGAUAUUCAGAAAUGUGGAAGUUGUCAUCGACACUGCUGAAGGUGUUGACGCACUGCCGAAUGGACUAGAUGUGACAUUCGAGGUGAAGGAGCUGAGAAGAAUGACGGGAAGUUACAACACCAUGGUUGGGAACAACGAGGGAAGCAUGGUACUGGGUCUGAAAUUGCCCAAUGUUUUUGGCCGUGCAGAGAAGCUGACCUUCCAGUUCUCUUAUGGGACUAAGGAAACAUCAUAUGGCCUGUCAUUCUUCAAGCCCCAGCCUGGACACUUUGAGCGCAACUUCGCCAUUAACUUGUAUAAAGUCACGGGCCAGUUCCCAUGGAGCUCACUCAGAGAAACGGACAGAGGGGUCUCCACAGAGUUCAGUUUCCCCAUCUGGAGGACAAAUCACACUUUGAAGUGGGAGGGUGUGUGGAGAGAGCUGGGCUGUUUGGCCCGUACGGCCUCCUUCGCUGUCAGGGAGGAGAGUGGCCAUUCCCUGAAGUCCUCACUUUCUCACGCAAUGGUCAUCGAUACACGCAAUUCUACCAUUCUUCCAAGAAAAGGUGCCUUAUUGAAGAUCAACCAGGAACUGGCAGGUUACACUGGAGGAGAUGUCAGUUUUCUGAAGGAAGACUUUGAAAUUCAGUUCAACAAGACUCUGUUCUGGGACUCGGUGCUCUCUACCUCUCUGUGGGGAGGUAUGUUGCUGCCUCUUGGAGACAAACCCUCCUGUAUCGCUGACAGGUUCUAUUUGGGUGGUCCGACCAGUGUGAGGGGCUUCAGCAUGUACAGCAUCGGCCCUCAGAGUGAAGGCGAUUACCUCGGUGGGGAGGCGUAUUGGGCUGGAGGGCUUCAUCUGUACACCCCUCUCCCAUUCAGGCCAGGUAGAGGCGGCUUCGGAGACCUUUUCAGGACACAUUUCUUUCUCAACGCCGGAAACCUGUGUAACCUCAACUAUGGGGAAGGACCCAGGGCACACCUGAGCAAGUUGGCUGAAUGUAUCCGCUGGUCUUAUGGAGCGGGUAUUGUGUUGCGUCUAGGGAACAUCGCUCGGCUGGAGCUCAACUAUUGCAUUCCCAUGGGUGUCCAGAGCGGAGACAGGAUAUGUGAUGGAGUGCAGUUUGGGGCUGGAAUCCGGUUCCUGUGAUACCACGAGUCCCGUUUCAGAACAAAGAAGCAUUUCUGUCACUUUGUACUUGUGAUAAGGAAUAUUCAUACGAUUCCAUUUCAAGCUGCAAAGUGAUGCAAUGAAUGUUAUGCUAAUUUCUCAGUUUUGGUGAACAUGCUAAAAAAAGGAAAAUUGUCUAAAACCAAAACGAUUUGUUCGGAAUCAGUCGCCCAUUUUAAAGUUAUUAGCACUUCACUUCAGAGGGGAAUAUAUCAGUGCUCUUAUUGUCAUAUUUAUUUGUCAGAACAGUCAAUGUUCAAUAAAUAAUGUUUCUGGCCUUUAUUGUGCUGUCUAUGUGUUUCAAGUGUUUUUAUAUAUAAAAAGUUUCUUUGUCUGUGUGAGUGUAUAUAUAUACUAUAUUAAUAGUAGGCCUAUAAAUAGGCAUUUUUGUAUAUAAACAAAUUUCAACAAAACGUUCAAAUACAUUUUUUUUCACACUUUCUGCACUUUUAAUCAUACAAACACCAAGUAAAUCCAUCAUAAUUCACUAUCUUAUGCAUUCACGUAGAACAUUUCACAACCACUGUCAAGCCAUAUUUAAAGACUAUUCAUCUUGGAUCAAUAAGCUUAAAGAUACUAAAAUACACACAUAUAUAAGUUAAAAAAAAAUAUUAAACUGUAUCCUUCUCACACAACAUAUGAAAUGCUUUUCAUUACAGAGUUUCUGAAAAUGUGGCUCAAUGAAAAACAUUAAGUAGUAACCAUCAUGAAAAUAAAGAGCAGUUUAGCUGCCACUGCUCUAUAUUUGAUUAGAAACAUUCAUCGUAAUCCUAAACAUAUUAUAAAAAAUUAAGAGAAUAGCAGAUCUGAUGUAUAACAUCAAGUCACACGAGACAAUCUAAGAUUAUAUCUCUCGCUGUAGCUCCCACUGAGAAAAAUAUCUGUGCAGUGUCAUAUUCAGUCCAAUAGGGGGCAGAACUACUUUUUAUGAUGCAAAUUCAAGGGACAGUUCACCAAAAAAAAAAAAAAAAAAAGUAAUUCUGUCUUCAUUUACUCAUCCUCAUGUCACUCCAC